AUGGCCGAACAGAAAGAUAGAUGGUCUACCAACGCCUAUCAGCACUCAGCUUCUUUUGUCCCAAAGCUGGCAACAAAAGUUGUCCAAUGGCUUGAUUUACAGAAAGACGAUGUCCUUCUUGACAUUGGAUGUGGAGAUGGCAUCUUGAAUGCCGAGUUCGCAAAUAUCCUGGCACAGGGAAGCGGUUCAAUGCACGGCAUUGAUAGCUCAGCUUCCAUGAUUGAAGCUGCCAGAGAAUUGUGCAAAGAUUCUCAGAACUCUACCUUUGAUGUCUUGGAUGCUACGCAACUCGUCUCUAAGCCAGAAUUACAAAAAGGAGCUUUCACAAAGGUUUUCUCCAAUGCAGCCAUGCACUGGAUUCUCUGCCCAGAAGAUAAACGUGCUCAGUUCUUCGAGGGUGUCUACGCCUCACUGGCCCCUGGUGGUACAUUCGUCUUCGAGAUGGGCGGUUUCGGCAACGUUUCUGAGAUGCGAACUGCUGCUCUGAGUGCUGUUGGUCGUCGCAUCGGUAUGAAAGCCGCUCUUGCAGCCGAUCCAUGGUUCUUCCCUGACGAAGCUUGGGUCACAAAGGCGUUGCAAGACGCAGGCUUCGUUGUUGAACGGGCAGAGCGGGAGUGGCGACCAACACCGACUGACAAAGGCGGCGUUGAGGGUUGGAUUAGACUUAUGGCAAAACCCUUGCACGACAUCAACAUGCCAGAACAUGAUGCGCUCGUGCUGUCGUAUAGCCACUUGGCCAAGCUUCCAAGAGCGAACGAUGCCCUGCAGACCCUGAAGAAAGUAGCUUCCCUUGUGAAGCCUAUAAUGCGAGCGCGUAACUGGAAAGUCCGAGAGUUGGCCGAGUUCUACCCUGAACAACAUAAUCUUUUGGGUCUCAAUAUCAACCGAGGGGCCAAGAUAUGUCUCCGUUUGCGACAUGCUGGAGAUAAGAACCAGUUUAUGCCCAUCGAAAGUGUUGUUGAUACAAUGCUACACGAGUUGUCACACAUAGUCCAUGGCCCUCACGAUGCCAAGUUUCAUGCCCUUUGGGAUCAGCUAAGGGAUGAGCACGAGGGUCUGGUUCUAAAAGGCUACACUGGCGAAGGCUUCCUUUCAGAGGGGCGCCGUCUUGGAGGCUCAAGAAUUCCACCUCUCGAAGCUCGUCGAGUGGCGCGAGAGGCUGCAGAGAAGCGACGAGCUCGUCCCGGUACUGGGUCAGGUAAACGUCUAGGGGGUUCUGCUCCUCGGCCAGGUGAAGAUAUUCGGAGAGUAAUUGCGGAUGCUGCCGAGCGGCGGAGCAGGAUCCUCAAGGGUUGUGGCACAGAUAACCUCAGCGAAACUCAAAUUCGCAACAUUUCAGACAAUGCCACAAAGAACGGUUUUCGAACACAGGCCGAAGAAGACGAGGCUAAUGAUGCAGCCAUAGCUCAAGCCAUGUGGGAACUAGUGCAGGAAGACAAAUCUGUCGAAUACGGCAACUCUUAUAUCGCUGUCACAGCAGACAACCCAACUGGAAAUGGAGGCGGAUCAGUAAUCCCGCACAGGGGACCUGGUGCGGUCCGAGAUGAGUCCAAGGACACAACAGGUUAA